AUGGAGAUCGCAAAUGCCGUGGGGACGACGCCGGGCGUCGCCCGGUGUCCCAGGGUGGUGAUGGAAGGAGUUGGCGCCCGAGUUAUAAGGGGGCCAGACUGGAAAUGGGGAAAACAGGACGGUGGCGAAGGGCAUGUAGGGACAGUUAGGAACUUUGAGUCCCCUGACGAAGUGGUAGUUGUCUGGGACAAUGGGACAGCAGCUAACUACAGAUGUAGCGGGCAAUUUGACUUGAGAAUCUUGGACAGUGCCCCCACGGGUGUUAAACAUGAGGGGACGAUGUGCGAUACAUGCAGACAACAGCCCAUAUUUGGGAUACGUUGGAAAUGUGCUGAAUGUACCGAGAGGGCUUACUUGGAAACCCGACGAAAAAGCAAGAAAAUAACGAUCCGCGGGAUAUUCCCCGGCGCCAGAGUGGUACGCGGCGUGGACUGGCAGUGGGAGGACCAGGACGGCGGAAACGGCCGUCGCGGUAAAGUCCAGGAAGUCCAGGACUGGUCGGCGGCCAGCCCGCGAUCGGCGGCCUACAUCGUGUGGGACAACGGCUCGAAAAACCUCUAUAGAGUGGGCUUCGAGGGCAUGGCGGACUUGAAAGUCGUCAACGACGCCAAAGGCUUGAACGUGUACAGAGACCAUUUGCCGUGCCUGGGGGAGCAGGGUCCGGGUCGGCAGGCGCCGCCGGGGAUCAAAAUAGGCGACCAGGUCAGCGUGGAUUUGGAGCUGGAAAUAGUCCAGUCCUUGCAGCACGGCCACGGCGGCUGGACCGACGGCAUGUUCGAAUGCCUGAGCAACAUGGGCACCGUAGUCGGCUUCGACGAGGACCACGACAUCGUGGUUGCCUACAACAGCGGCAACAGGUGGACCUUCAAUCCUGCUGUUCUGACCAAAGUGGCUACUCCCACCAAUUCGGCCGGUUUUAACGAAACUCCGCAGCAGCAAUUCGCUGUGGGGGAUUUGGUGCAAAUUUGCCCCGACAUGGAGAGGACUUUGGGUAAAGUCGGCCACGUGCAGCAAAUCUACAACGACAACGACUUAAAAGUGGAGGUGUGCAACACAACUUGGACGUACAACCCUUUGGCGGUGACGAAGCUGGCCAGCAAAGACGGCACGGUGCACGGAACGACGAGCGGCGAGAGAUUGAGCGCUCUGCUGAAAAAAUUGUUCGAAACGCACGUGUCGGGCGACGUGAACGAGGAGCUGGUGAAGUCGGCCGCCAACGGCGACUCGCAGAAGGCGUCUCCAACGUGCACGUGGCGUUGUGUUGUUUUCUUUGCCGAUGUUGUUUUGUCGGCGGCGGCGGUCGCAGGUGAGAGCGUCGCGACGCGUCGCAAGCCGCGGGCGGAAACGGAAGAGUGCAUGCACGACAAAGUCCCCGACAAGGAAAAGAAACUAACGGAAUUUACUCUGAUCCAAGUUGGCCCUGCCGAUCGACAGUGUGUGUUGUUAUCAGGAGGGGAUCUUGUCGAAAAAAAAAACUUACUUGGUCGUCUAUCCCCAAAGGAUUGCGCCUCACUCGUUUCUAAAAAUCUCUCUGGAAACUCGAGUAGUAAAGUAUGA